UGGGCUCGCUGAACUGUAGCUGCAUCCCGCGUCCCAGCCCCGCGCCAGGCGAGCGUAGGGCGCAUCCUCCCUGGCACCCCAGCUGCUCAUCUGAAAGGAGAAAAUGGGCACCGGGGAUUUUAUCUGCAUUUCCAUGACUGGAGGGGCGCCCUGGGGGUUCAGACUGCAAGGGGGCAAGGAGCAGAAGCAGCCCUUGCAAGUUGCAAAGAUUCGAAGCCAGAGCAAAGCGUCCGGCUCUGGGUUGUGUGAGGGGGAUGAAGUGGUGUCUAUCAAUGGCAACCCUUGUGAGGACCUCACCUACCCUGAAGUCAUCAAGCUCAUGGAGAGCAUAACAGACUCUCUCCAAAUGCUCAUCAAAAGACCAUCUAGUGGAAUAAGUGAGACUUUGGUCUCUGAAACUGAAAGUGUAAAUCAUGAGCAUCUCACACCUGAGGGGCUGGGGGAAAGCGCCACCCUGCAGAUUCAUCCAACCGCAAUGACCCAGUGCACAGAGUUCUUUCUUGCUCCAGUCCAGAGUAGAGUUCACCUAGCUGAGGACCAAGAAAAUGACUGGGAUUCUGCAAGAGGCACAAAAGAAGAAACAGACCCCAGCUACCAAAGAGCUCCCAACGUAAGCCACUUCCAAGAACACUUGGUAGAAGAGGUCAUCUUAAGGAAGAAGGCAGAGUCGGGCCAGACAGUCCCUGUGGUUGAGCUACAACUGUCCCUCUCACAGGAGAGCCAUCAACACUCUAAUGACUCUGUAGUGACUCUCCAGGGAUCUGAAAAAUCCAAGUCUUCUGACCAAGAUUGGGACUUACAACAGGAAAGCACUGUCCACAUAGAUACCAUCCCUGCUCCUGGGAAAGUAGACUCUUCUCUGAGGUCCAGCCAAACAAUCCAGAUCUCUAGUGGCAGAGAACUGAGAGUGAGCCAGGGGAGGGAAGCAGACGACACAGGGCUGCCCCGGGUGGAAGUGAUUCUCCACUGCUCUGAUAGGCAGAAGACGGAAGGGUGCAGGCUGCAGGCAGGAAAGGGGUGUGCGGCUUCUCAGGGGGAAGGAGGGCAGUCAGAAGCACCUCCUUCUGUGGUCUCCUUUGCCAUCUCAUCAGAAGGCACAGAGCAGGGAGAAGAUCAACGCUCAGAAAAGGAUCACAGCAGACCACACAAGCACAGAGCCCGACACGCACGUCUCAGGAGGAGCGAAAGCCUGUCCGAAAAGCAAGUAAAAGAAGCAAAAUCUAAAUGCAAAAGCAUCGCACUCCUUCUAACAGAUGCCCCCAACCCCAACUCCAAGGGGGUGUUGAUGUUUAAGAAGCGAAGGCGGAGGGCCAGGAAGUACACCCUAGUCAGCUACGGUACCGGAGAGCUUGAGCGCGAGGACGAGGACCGGGAAGAAGGCGACCAGGACAAUACAUGUGAAGUUGCGUUUCUUGGCGCGAGCGAGUCCGAGGUGGAUGAAGAGUUACUGUCUGACGCUGACGACGACACACAAAUUGUAAACUUUGAUUGGGAUUCCGGACUGUUGGAUAUUGAGAAGAAGCUGAACCAAGGGGACAAGAUGGAGAUGUUGCCAGACACCACAGGCAAGGGAGCCCUCAUGUUUGCCAAGAGGAGAGAGAGAAUGGAACAAUUCACAGCUCAAAAUGAAGAGGAGAGGGUGGGUGGAAUGCCAGGCCGAGGACCAGAUGUGGUGCAGACAGACGGCCUGAGAACCACGACUUCCUACCAAAGGAAGGAGGAAGAGUCACUGAGAAUGCAGAGCUCUGUGAGCAAAAGCUUGGUCCAGAUGGACCAUGGUCUUGGCUACAUGCCCCAACAGAAUGGCUUCAGUGGAGGAUCCGAGCCAGCAGAGGCCCAGAGGAUGAUCCCUGUGAACAGAACAGCCAAGCCCUUCCCGGGAGCUGCCAGCCAGCCAGCAGCCCCUUUCUCCCCAGUGCGAAGUGUGACCAGUCCCAUCUCUGACUUUCCUGCUCCUCCACCUUACUCUGCGGUCACUCCUCCACCAGAAGCCUUCUCCAGAGGGGUUUCAAGCCCGAUCAGUGGUCCAGCACAGCCCCCUCCAUGGCCCCAACCUGCCCCAUGGUCACAGCCAGCCUUUUAUGAUUCAUCUGAGCAAAUAGCUUCCCGGGAUGAGAGGAUCGCAGUGCCAGCGAAAAGAACAGGGAUACUGCUGGAAGCCAAACGACGGGGCACAGCGAAACCCAUGUUUACUUUCAAAGAGCCCAAAGUCAACCCCAAUCCUGAACUCCUGUCACUUCUUCAAAAUGCAGAGGGCAAACGGGGCACUGGAGCUGGGGGGGAUUCCGGACCUGAAGAAGACUACCUCAGUUUAGGAGCAGAGGCUUGUAAUUUCAUGCAAAGCUCUGCCAAACAAAAGACCCCACCUCCAGUCGCUCCCAAACCCGCAGUCAAGUCCUCCUCCCAACCGGUUACUCCAGUUUCUCCAGUCUGGUCUCCAGGAGUGGCUCCAGCCCAACAUCCUGCCUUCUCCACAUCCAACCCUGCACAGGGCACAGCUGCAUCCUCCAUCAAAAUAGCCCAGCCUUCUUACCCUCCUGUCAGACCCUCAAGUGUGCUGAAUGUGGCUGGUCCCUUCAAAGGACAGCAAGCAGCUGUAGUAAGUCAGAACUACACACCUAAGUCAACAGCACCCAAACCACUAGUAAACGCUGCUCAUUCUGGUGCAGGGGGACCAGCCAGUGAGCUUCCAGGCAUGAGUGGGAAAGGAGCCCAGCUCUUUGCUAAAAGGCAGUCAAGAAUGGAGAAGUAUGUGGUGGAUUCCGACACCGUGCAGGCCCACGCAGCUAGGGCCCAGUCUCCUACUCCAUCCCUGCCAGCCAGUUGGAAGUACUCCUCCAAUGUCCGAGCACCCCCUCCUGUGGCCUACAAUCCUAUCCAUUCCCCCUCCUAUCCACUGGCUGCUAUCAAGUCUCAGCCAGCAGCCCAGGCCUCCAAAAUGAGCAAGAAAAAGGGCAAGAAACCCCUCAAUGCUUUGGAUGUCAUGAAGCAUCAACCAUAUCAGCUCAACGCAUCCUUGUUUACGUUUCAACCUCCUGAUGCAAAGGACAGCCUCCCUCAGAAGUCAGCAGUCAAGGUCGGUUCAGCCCUGACCAUGAAGCAAGCUCUUCCUCCCAGGCAAGUGAAUGUUGGCUCUCCUACAAACGCACAGGCUUCCUCUGUGUACUCGGUUCCAGCCUAUACCUCUCAGCCGUCCUUCUUUGCAGAGGCCACCUCACCAGUCAGCGCAUCACCGGUGCCUGUGAGUGUCCCUACCUCUCCAAAGCAAGAAUCAGCCUCCUCAUCUUACUUUGUGGCACCACGGCCGAAGUUCUCAGCUAAGAAAAGUGGUGUCACUGUUCAGGAGAGUGGGCGCUCCCUUUCUCUUCCUGGAAGAUCAGUCCCACCCAUCAUUUCUGUAUGUCCCGGGCUGUUCCAGCCUGCCUACAGUUACUCUGGCAAACCAACAGAGGGACUGGAGAAAGCCAACAAGAUGCCAACACCUUGGGAAGUAGCAGCUAAGUCUCCUCUUGGUCUAGCGGAUGAUGCCUUCAGACCCAGAAACAUCCAGGAAUCCAUUGUUGCAAAUGUGGUCUCGGCAGCUCGAAGGAAGAUGUUUUCAGGGUCCCAAGAGGACUGGAAAGCGGGACUAUCUCAUGUCCCUCAAUCCCAGAAAACCAACAUGAGCUUCUAUGAAAGGCAAAAGUGUAAUGCUGCGUCCCUAGGUAACAGCCACAUGUCCACCCACUCCUUGUAUGGUUCCCAGUUGCCAUACACAUGGUACAGGCAACAGUCCAGAAAUGAUUCAGAAAAAAUGCCUAUGGAGACCAGGUCUGAAUACUGUGUUCCAGUAGCUGGUUGCAAUUAUAACCCACACCCAAGGGGAUGGCGACACCAACCAUGAAAGCUAAUGUGACCACGGAGUGGGUUUUGUUUAUGUUUGUGGUCCUUUGCAAGGUUCUUUUCAAUAGCAUUCGAUCCAUAUUUAAUCCUUUAUGACUCUCACAGGUCACUUAUCUGAGUGUGUGCGUGCAUGCGCGCACUCACAUGAUUGCAAACCACUUCCUUUUCUGCUGAUGCAUAAGGAAUUUCUUGAAAGACAAGAAUCAUUUUCUGAACUGGGCAUGGUGGUGCAUACCUGUAACCUCAGAAUUUGUGAGGUGGAGGCAGAAAGAUCAGGAAUUCAAGAUCAUUCUUGGGUACACAGUUUGAGGCCAGCCUGGGCUACAUAAAGACCCUGUCUCAAGAAAAAUUAAAAUAUUUUGCAUUAAUGUUCCGGCAUUUACACGUAAUUCAUUAUAAUGCAAAAUCUUAAUUUUAUUUGUUGAGGAGUCCUGUGCAAUUCAACUUUGCUCAAUUACAGUGAAACCAAAUAUUUUCCUGUAUGUGCCUUCGAACAAUAAGGAAUUACUAUAAUGUGGUAUGCUAACUUAAAAAGGAAGGGGUUUCAUUACGGCAUACUUACACAUAGGUGCCAUUAUACUUUGUUCUAAUUCAUCCAUUCCCUGACUCACCUUCCGGAGCCACCUGUCUCCCCCACUGGGCUCCCAUCAUUCCCAUUAGGGGAAAUACCUAAAGAGAGCAUGACGAUAAAUAAUGAUUAUACAGAAGAGAAUUUCCUUGGUGUUAUUUUAAAUAUUUCUCUAAAAUAUUUUUAGAUUUAAUUCAGAUUUUUAAAAAAGAAUUGAAAUAGAAUUGUUCUUUCUCCUUUGUCUCCUUGAGUACACCUGGCUUACUUGGUAUUCCUUUUGUAGCUCAGGCUGUCCUCAAACUCAUGUAAUCCUCCUGCAUCAGCCUCCAAAGCGUGAUUACAGGUAGGCACCACUAUACCAGGCUGAAAUAAAAUGUUCUUAGAAAGGAACUCAGAUAGGCUUUGGGGGUAAAUAGUGCGGGAGAAACAGGUUUUAAGUAUUGGAUUUAUUUCCAGUCUAUUUAAAAGCAGCCUGACACAGGAAGACUUCUGGUUUGAUUCUCCUCAUCUGCCAAAUGAGAAGACUGGAUUGCCUAAUCCUAAAUCCUCCACAACUCUGAUAUUGUGAUCUUGUGGGUAGAAUGAACUUUGAUGCAUUUUUAAGUUCUGUUACUCAUUACAUAAAUAUCAGAUUAUGUUUAGAGUGGAUUAGAUAUUAGUGUCAUGACAUGCAUCACUAAGAGUCCCAAAGGAAUUUCUAAGUGGCAGGUUUUGUGUUAUGUGUUAAGUGGAAUGAGAGUUGAUGUACAGGAAAAAGUAUUAAGGGAUUUAAGGAAGUAGUGGAUGAAUAUGCCCAUUAUUAUGCAAGUAUAGGUCCUGACUGCUCAUUUGGUACAGGAAACAUGCCACAGAAGCCUACACAGCAAGUGCUGCUUCUCUGGGGAGCUGCAGUGAGGGUGUGGAAAGGAAGUCGGACAGCUGCUCCGUCUACCCCAUGACCCAUGCCCUGUUAGCAGGACCCUGGAAGAGAGCAAACAGCAAUGAAUAGGAAAUGCGAAGGAGUUCACAUCAUAACCAAGCUUAUUUAGAUCAUUUCUUAAUUUUAAAAAUCUUGAGUGUUUAAAACUUUCUUGGCCUUUUAAAAGUGAUAAUUUGGUAUGCCUUUCUGUUUAAUUCUUCAUCUUAACAUAUAAUGGUAUCUUUCACAGAAUAAAACUUUUAAAACUAUGACAUCAUAAUGGCUCCUUUACCUUGAAAGCUUAAAAAAAAAAAAUUUGAAGAAAUCACAUUAAGUUCUACUUGUGGUAGUGAUGGCCAGAUGCGAACUUGUUCAAUUAUACAGAGAAAAAAAAGAUAAAUACUUCUAAAGUGUUAUUGUUUAUUGUUAGGGGGGUGCAGUAGCUUGUGUCUGCAGCCCCAGUACUCGGAAGGUUGAGGUAGGAGGAUUGCCUCAAAUUCAAGACCAGCCUGGGCUGCAAGUGAGACUCUGCUCAGAAAAACAAGAACAAAAAUUUCAUUGCUAUACUGUUAUAGUGUUAACUGAUACAGUAUUGAUUCUUUUGAAGUAUAAAAUAGAAUUCUGUGGUUUCCAAGAGUUUUCUGUGGACUCUUAAAAGAGUAUACCAGGUGAUCAGAGUACCAAAAAACUCCCACAUAGGAUCUUUACUAAUUUAAAAAUUUAUGUAGUGUCUGAAUCAUUCUGCAUUAGAAUGCUUUAAGAAACAGGGAAUUUAACAGGAAAGACUUUAUUCUGGGGGUUCAUAUUCUAUCUCACUGCUUUCUUUCAUAAGUGCUGAACUUUAUUUCCAUCAGUUGAUUCACAAUAUAUUAUUUACAGAAACUUAUUAGACUUAAAA